AAUCUCUUGCUUUAAAAAUUGUGUUUAUCUGGUUAUGCCUGAGGGUGUCCACAGGAAUCCAAGGUACUUAAAGGCAGAAGCAGAGUUCCGGUAGUUUGCAAUUGCACUGCAUCAAGGUUUGCACCAACAUUAGUCCACUGAAACCUUAAAUCCUCAAUUCAAAAUGGGAAAACAGAAGGCAAUGAUCAAAAAACUUGAAAAUUCAUUCAGAAUACAAAAUAUGUUGGGAAGACAAUGUCUUGCUGAAUGUUUAGGGACAUUGAUUCUUGUGUUAUUUGGUUGUGGAGCACUGGCCCAAGUUACCCUCAGCAGGGGUACACAUGGACGUUUUUUGACUGUUAAUUUUGCCUUCGGAUUUUCAGUGAUGCUCGGUGUGCUCAUAGCUGGCCAAGUGUCAGGAGCACACCUGAAUCCUGCCGUGACCUUUGCCAUGUGCUUACUUGCCCGUGAACCCUGGAUAAAGUUUCCCCUUUACUCUUUGUCACAAAUACUAGGUGCCUUCCUAGGUUCGGGCGUUAUCUUUGGUUUGUAUUUUGAUGCUAUGUGGGACUUCAGUGGUCAAAAUCAACUAUUAGUUUAUGGUCCUAAUGCCACAGCUGGUAUUUUUGCUACAUAUCCAUCUCCACACUUAAGUUCAUCCAAUGGCUUUUUUGAUCAGAUGAUUGGGACGGCUGCUCUCAUAGUGUGCAUCCUUACUAUUGUGGACAAAUGGAACAACCCAGUGCCAAAGGGACUGGAGGCAUUUACUAUUGGAUUUACGGUGCUGGUAAUUGGCUUGUCGAUGGGUUUCAACUCUGGGUAUGCUGUGAACCCUGCAAGAGACCUUGGACCUCGUUUGUUUACAUCAGUAGCUGGCUGGGGAUCUGAGGUUUUCACUGCUGGAAACUACUGGUUUUGGAUCCCUAUUUUUGCCCCACUCCUUGGUUCUGUUCUUGGUAUUCUGGUAUAUCAACUAAUGAUUGGCAUACACCUUGAGCCUGAAGACCAGAGUUCACCCAUUGGAGAAGAAAAUGUAAAACUGGCAAAUGUAAAAUUAAGAGAAAGUUGCUGAUGCAAUUGGUAUUAUAGUAAGGGUAAUGCGUAGAUCUAUAGAGAGCAGCUUGCAAUGAGUCGCCAUGCUCUGGCACCAUCUUGCUUGCUAGAUGGUGCCAAAUUAAUAUUAUCACUAUCUUUGUAUUUUCUCUCGCCAAAAUACAAAAUGUAGAUUCUAUUGAACAUUACAACAUAUUUUAACAACCUUUUUGAAAUGCUGCGGCUUUUUAUGAUUUAUCCUAACAAAGUUCUGAUAGAUUUCCAUCACCAUGAAUUAAACAUAGGAAUACCCACGAGCAUUGUCACACACAGUUUAAUUGAGACACAAAAACAAGUAUUAAGAAAAGGCAAGUCAGUUAUUUGCAACAAAAUUCUUCUGACUUGGGCAAGAGCUUGCUGACAUACAGAGAAACAUCCAACCUAAAUGAUCUACUAAUUGAAAUCAAAAUUGUCAAAAGCAACUUAGUCUGUAACUGGCCCAGAAGGUCUUUAUUGACAACAUUUAGUUGUUCUUCAAGAAGGGACACUAAUUACAAAAAUUUCAGAAUAAUAAGUAAAGGCAAUAUUUCCUCAGCUGGCACCUGCUAGUCAGCUGAUGAGUGCUUUAUGUUGUGAGAAAACAAAUCACUGAAUUAUUCUUUUCUGUGGACAUUUCAUUAGUCCAGUUUUACUCUGGGCACAAGCCUGCCCUUUAGAAUUUAAAGAGAUUAGCAGGAAAUUGGAGCUUGCUUGCGGGCUUCUCAGGCUAGAUAUUAAUUUGAUGAUUUCAACAAUUAAUUUGACUUCUUGCAUUGACUCUGUGUUUUCAACCUGUGCCAAGUUGUUUGGAGCCUAUGUAAGUUCCUGUUAGCAGAUCAUCAUGUAUGCCCAUGAGAAAGUUACAGAAGGUUCACUAUUUUUUAAAUUAGUUUGAAACUAAUGGUCAUGAAACUUAGUAAGAUACAAUAUUAACUAUUAACUUUGUUUUAAAUGAUUUUUAGUGACUAAAUACACUUGACUCAUGUAUGUUACAGUAUAUAAUCCAUUGGAGGUAUUGUAAUAAUCAAUUUAUUUAUAAAUAGGAACAUACAUCAGGACCAUUAAUCUGGAACAUUUUGUCUGAUAUUGUCUAAGUAUGUUUAGUUAUAGAUUGAACCUGUUACCUUAUAGCUGAACAAAAGUUGUUGGAGAUUACAUCAAGGAUGCAAAUUCUUUUAGGUGAACACUUGCUGACUAACGGCAUUGUCUUCAGCACCUGCCACAAGCUAUUGUAACCUUUGUCCCAGUCAUUGCUUUAGGUUGAAUCAUGUAGUUUGUCACCUCAGACUCAUAUCUAAUCCUGAUCAACUUCACACCCACUUCAUUAAAGAGAUCUCCUCUUUGCACAUCCAUAUCAUUCAGUCCUGAUGAAUGGUAUCAACCUGAAAAGUCGACUGUCCAUUUCCCUCCAUAGAUGCUGCCUGUCCAGCAUGUUGUGUGUUGCUCCAUAUCAUUCACAGCCCUGGCUCAGUCCACUUCCCGAUAAAACUUUCAUAUAUGUGUUUGCCAUCUUCAGACACAAUGGGGGGGGGGGAUAAAUUGGAAAGCCCUUAAAACUGCGAAUGUGAAUCAGGAUGUGGAGCAAACUGUGGGAUCUUGCAAAUAUUUCUAGUGCCAGCCUGGAAAACCAAGGUGCAUAGGAGUAAGGCACUACAAUCAUUUUGAUGGCCACCGGUAAGGUGGUCCUUCCCCUGCUCUGAGGGUUAAAUUCAUGAUUGCAGCAGAUGGUAGAUCUCAGUGAGAGUAUCUUUACCGAGGCACUGGUGCCUCACACAUAGUUCCUUGCUCUGGUUCAAGUAUACUCAAGUGGAAAUUGCCUUCUGCUGUGGCCUUUUCCCACGUUACUCCUUUGUGUGUCUCCUAAUUGCUCAGUCAUAUUAGACUGCAAGGGAAGCCCAUGAAUGCACCCAUGUCUGGCAGUAACUGUUUGUGCAGAAGCCUUGGUCAACAAAAAGCACUCCAGAUUUUGUUGCUCCAUUCCAUGUAGACUAGUGAACCUCACACUUGUAGAAUCCCAUCAUCAGCCAUUAGAAAUCAGCCUGAAACUGACUUACUCUCUGUACUUCUGGCAGAUCUUUGCAGUGUCCCAAUGUAUGCCAUCAUUAAUCUGAUUCACGCCACAGGAAACCCUCAUAGGUCUAAAAAUCGUAUGCAAAGCUCCCAACUUCUCACCUAUUCUCCUACAUUCCAUCUGUAUGAGCCAGUUUAUCUAAAGCUCCAUUUCCCACAUUUUAUCACACAUUAGGUCUCACACACUCCCCUCAUUCUUGUUCUUGCUAAUUUUCACUGGUUCCUGGUCUUUCAACAGCUCAGACUUAAUAUUCUCAGAUAUUUGGGACAUAGGUUUAAGUUUACUUGUCGAAGGAUCAGAGGGGAGUUGAGGAUUUUUUUGUUUCUGCCAGAGGGUCAGGGGUCUAGAAUUCACUAACUGAAUGUGUGGUGGCGCAGAAGCCUUCCUGUCCCUGUAGCUUCCUCUCAUCCUACAGCUGGUCCCAGAACCCUAUGUCCUUGACACAUGCACCCCCUUUCCUUUGCUCUGUAUUGGCAGUCAUGCAUUUACCUGUUCAGAUUCACCUUCCAGAAAAAGAAACAGUGCCGCUGCUUGCAGACUGGAUGUUACUCAUUCAAAAGUUAAUUCAUUAUCAAUACUAGAGUUUCAUUACAAAUAAAAAGGACAAGGAAAAUUUGCAUACAUAGCCUUUGACACCGCAAAAUACUUUAUAACCAAUGAAGUGUAGUCACUGUUGUAAUUAGGAACUGUGACAACCAAUUUGUGCAAAGCAAGUAAAUAUGGAAGGCAAUAUGAUAAUGACAACAUCUCCAACAAUGUCGUUCUCAGCUCUGCAAAAGAGGAUUAGCAUAAAUCUUAGAGUUUACCUUUGGAAUAGGACUUAACUCCUCAUCAUCUGACUGUGAGGCAAUAAUGUAACCAAGUGAGCCGGGGCUAUCAUGGAUGCAUGGGCUAGUUCUUUCACUGGUCCAGGGUUGUGCUUCAGAUCUGCUUUUACAUUGUGCAAAGGCAGGGAAGAACAUUCACUUCUGAUGCCUCACAAGCAUCAAUCUGAAAGUAAAACUUAACCUCAAUUUACUAGACCAAAUUCCAAGAAGAUUCUUAGAGACAGGAUUUAUGGGCAUUUGGAGAAGCAUAGGCUGAUUAGGGACAGUCAGCAUGGCUUUGUGAGGGGCAGGUCGUGCCUCACGAGCCUGAUUGAAUUCUUUGGGGAUGUGACAAAGCACACUGAUGAAGGUAGAGUAGUGGAUGUGGUGUACAUGGAUUUUAGUAAGGUGUUUGAUAAGGUUCAUCAUGGAAGGCUCAUUCAGAAAGUCAGGAGGCAUGGGAUCCAGGGAAACUUGGCUGUGUGGAUUCAGAAUUGGCUCGCCCAUAGAAGACAGAGGGUGGUGGUAGAUGGAAUGUAUUCUGCCUGGAGGUCGGUGACCAGUGGUGUUCCGCAGGGAUCUGUUCUGGGACCCAUGCACUUUGUGAUUUUUAUAAAUGACUUGGAUGAGGAUGUGGAAGGGUGGGUUAGUAAGUUUUCUGAUGAUACAAAGGUUGGUGGUGUUGUGGAUAGUGUAGGAGGUUGCUGUAGGUUACAACAGGACAUUGAUAGGAUGCAGAGCUGGGCUGAGAAGUGGCAGAUGGAGUUCAACCCGGAAAAGUGUGAAGCGAUAUACUUCGGAAGUUUGAAUUUGAAGGUAGAAUACAGAACUCUUAGCAGUGUGGAGGAACAGAGGGAUCUUGGGGUCCACAUCCAUAGAUCCCUCAAGGUUGCCGCACAGGUUGAUAAGGUUGUUAAGAAGGUGUAUGGUGUGUUGGCCUUCAUUGGUUGGGGCAUUGAGUUCAAGAGCCGCGAGGUAAUGUUGCAGCUCUGUAAAACUCUGGUUAGUCCACACUUGGAGUAUUGUGUUCAGUUCUGGUCGCCUCAUUAUAGGAAGGAUGUGGAAUCUUUAGAGAGGAUGCAGAGAAGAUUUACCAGGAUGCUGCCUGGAUUGGAGAGCAUGUCUUAUGAAGAUAGGUUGAACGAGCUAGAGCUUUUCUCUUUGGAGAGGAAGAGGAUGAGGGGUGACUUGAUAGAGGUGUACGAGAUGAUAAGAGGCAUAGAUCGAGUGGACAGUCAGAGACUAUUUCCCAGGGUGAAAUGGCUAACACGAGGGGUUAUAAUUUUAAGAUGAUUGGAGGAAGUUAUAGGGUGGAUAUCAGAGAUAAGUUUUUUACACAGGGAGUGGUAGGUGCAUGGAACGGACUACCGGAAGAGGUGGUGAUAGAGGCAGAUACAUUAGGGUCAUUUAAGAGACUCUUAGAUAGGCACACAAAUGAUAGAAAAUUGGAGGGUUAUGUGGGAGGGAAGGGUUAGAUAGAUCUUAGAGCAGGAUAAAAUGUCAGCACAACAUUGUGGGCCGAAGGGCCUGUACUGUGCUGUAAUAUUCUAUAUACUAUGUUUUAAAUGGUGAACUUUUUGUCAGGUUUUCACAACUAAAAAUAUUAGCAAAUCCUGUUGACAGAUUCCACCUGGGAUCUACUCCAUGCCUUUAAACAAAAGUUGUAUUUUCUGUAUUAUAUUUUAGAAAAUGGAAUGUAAAUAUGGUAGUGCUUGCUCAUUCAGGGUAACUUUGGGGUUUUGAUUUCAUUAAGAAUUGUUCAGAAAACAUUAGUUCUAAAAACUCAAUAAGUAAGAUAUUUUGAUGUUUGAAAAGUUGCUGUUCAUUGUGAUGUUGGGUGUAGCUGUAGAAACAUAGGGAAGCACAUGCCAAACAUCUUGCUCACUGUUUGUGUUAGCAUGCAAAACGUUAACAGAAAUGGAAGUGCAAUUGAGGCAGAAGUUGUUUUCUAUGAACAUCAUCUAGCUGCUGGAAAUCAAAACGAUGGAGGUGUCAGCAGGUUAUGGGCGGAGAGAGAAACAAUGUUAAUGCUUCAGCUCAGUGAGCUUUCCUGACAAGCCAUUGCCCUGAAGAGUUCCCCUCUCCUUCGAUGCUGCAAGGUUAAGUGAUUGUGAAGGCAAGUGAGGCUUAGGAUCUGACUACUGUGACAUUGAAGCUUGUGACAGGGAUACUAAUUAUAUAACAAUUUUAUGGUAAACAGAACUCUAAGCAAAAAUAACCAUCAAUAUCAUAUUUGUGUAGAACACUGAUUAGAACAACAGAAAUAGAAACAGGAACAGGCCAAUUGGCCCCAGUCAAUAAGAUCAUGGUUUAUCUGUUACCAUAUCCUUAAUAUCUGAAAACCUAUUCAUCUCUGUUUUGAAUCUAUUCAGAGAAUUCCAGAGAUUCACUACCCCUCGGGUGAAGGAAUUUCUUUUUAUUUCAGCACUGAACAGCUGACCCCAUACUUAGAGUCUGUGAUCCUUGGUCCUAGGCAUCCCUGCCAAUGAAAACAUCAUCCCUGCAUCCACCCUGUCAAUUUUGUACAUUUCAAUAUCAUCACCUCUUACUUUUCUGAACUCAAGAGACUAUAGGUCAUUAUGCUUAAUCCCAUUCGCAGGACAAACCCAUCAUCCCAGGAAUCAAUCUGGUGAACCUCUGUUGCACACUGUAUCAAAGGGUUUCAGUGUUGGUUCCAGCAAUCUGUCAGAAUGGUACUAUGGACUUUAGUUAUUUGUCUGUUUAUUGGCCAGUAAAAACUCAUUCUGGUGGAAUUUAAAAUGCCAUUACUUGUCAACUUCAGCUUCUCCUGGAUUUCAUUUCUUGACAUCUCUUAAAAUUUUGGUUAAUUCUGUCUGAUGUAGAAGUCACAUGGUAUGAAAUAGUCAAAUAUUGAUUUGGUUCACAUAGACUUAUAUAUGACUAUAGACUUCAAACUUACAAAUUUGCACUGUAUGAUAUUGGUCCAACUCUGCUCCACAUCAACUGAUGCUGAAACCCUCCUCCAUACUUUUGAUACAUCUGGACUUGACUUUUCCAGUGCACAGGUUCUAUUCUAAAUUUUCUAAUCUCCAACUUUAUUCAUCUACUCUCUUCUAAACUUGAAGUCAUCCAGAAACUCUAAUACCUAUUCUACUAAUAGAUCAAUUUACCAAUUAUGACCUAAUUUAUACCAUGUCCUGUUCACUCAUAACCCUUGCGUUUGCUGACUCUUUCUCUGAGAUACUGAUGCAUUUCAUUUCUAGCCAAGUGAUCAUUUCUGAUUUGAAUUGCUCCAUGGUUAGGUGCCAAAGCCUUGAGCUCUGAAAUGCUGUCAGUAAAUCUCUGUGAUUCAUUCUCUCCUUCUUAAAAUUGCUCCUUAAAACCUACCAGACAUUGAUCAUUUGGUACAAUGUCUUCAUAUGUGGUACAAUUUAAGUACUUGUUUGACAACACUCCAGUGAAGUGCCUUAGAACAUUUUACUAAAUCUGUGAGGUUAUGUAAAUGCAGGUUAUUGUCGACUAUGAAUGAAUUUGUUAACAAGUUUGUUACUAAUGUCAUACAGCCUGAUUGUAGGCUUUUGUAGAAAAGUUUGACCAGCCAUGGGCUAUAACACUUUCGAGGUAUUGUAAUAGGUUUGUGUUUUUGAAGCAGAGCACUCUAUGAUUGGAGCUUAGAUCUACCUUUCCAUGGUUUUAUAUCCGUCAUAAAUGGAAAAUCAUAUCCUAGAAUGUGCUCCUACUUUGCAUGAGAUACAAGCCUAUGCUUUCAGUGAGGACCCAAACUGGGGAAGAACAUAAUGAAAAGCAAAAUUACUGUAUUGAUUUUGCUGAUACUGCUGAUUCACCAAUUCAAACAGGUAAAUUUAUAGUGAAUUGACUGUCAUGUGCAAAUGAUGAAACUAUGGGGUGAAGUUCUGGCAUUUAUCUGAUUUUCUGGACGUUUGUUUGGUUCUUUCAUCAAAGUUAUGAUUGAGUGGCAGAAAUUCACUCUUUUCCCCAUGCUUACCCAUGUUGUUCCAGCAAUGCCUUUCACUGAAUGUUCUGAUGAAGGUAUUACCCCUUCUUUUCUUUUUUAUAUGAAUGUGAUAAAUGUAAAGCUUUCUAUUAUCAGUAUAUGUUAUUUGCAUUUAAGCUUAACUUCGCUUAUUCUAAAAGGAAGCAUGUUUUAUUUUAAAGUUGUUACCAUUUAGCUAUGUUGCUUUAUUAUUGACUAUAUCAUGGUAAUCUUUCAGUUUAUAUUUCAAUAAAAGUUUGAAAAAUGUA